AUGUCUGUACAAGUCUCUCGAGAGGCUGUCUUCUCACUCUACCGCUCUUUAUUACGUCAGACCUCCCGCCUUCCUCACUACUACUUGAAACAGUUCUGGUUUUUGCGUGGGCAAGAUGCGACGAGGCGUUUACUCGCUACAGAGGACAGCGUUCUAAGGAGGACCAAAUACAAACGCGUGCAGAAGGACAUGGCAAGACUCAAGAAAGCGAACACAGGAGACAAAGAAUGCUUCUCAUACAUCUUGGAGAUGGCUUACGGUCGGAAGGGCCCUUUGAAGCACGCCAUCAUGAAGCCUUUGUUGUCGGACCCUUCGCAACCCAAGCCACCCCGUAUCAUAGCAGCGGCGCCGAAAUCUCAUCCACCUGUUUACUCUCCGGAGCUUGCGGCUUUGUCCAUCAGUGGGUCUGCACGGAGAGUAGGGAAACCGCUGAAACCCGAUCAACUCGCCAACCCUCCCAAGAUGCCUGCCCGUGCCGACCCUUCUUCCUCUGAGCACAAGCUAUACGGACCUCUCAGCAAACGGCGACAGUCGAACAUCAGAUGGCGCUUCUUUACAGAUAACUGGCAGAAACUGCACGCGCCCCUCGAGUUGACGGUCGACCCAACACCCUCUUCUUCGAAAGGGAAGGAGGUCAUGCGUGGGGUACCACGAUGUAUUGGGAUAUACGGGCAAGGAGUCCUCGAAGACGUCAAAUCCGUAGCGAAUGCAUCACAUGGAAUGCGAACGCCCAUACCCCGUAGACAACGGCGAAGUCUAAGAGCCGACGAGGACGCGGGGUGGCGCCAUGAGACGCCGGCCGGCAUUGCGCCUAGUCGUUUUCUCCGUCGCCGUUAUGCCGAGCUUCUCGGCAAGAUACCUAUCUUGACUUAUACCAAGACCGGAAAAUACGUCGUAUCCUUGGACGGCGCUGCCAUGCACCAGGAGCGCGACUAUCUACUGGCCGACAUCGAUGAAUCAGAGCGAGGGUGGCUACCCGAAGGCUUCUGUGAGGUAGAGAAGAAGCCGAAGAAGGCUGAUAAACGAUAG